UGUAACUUGGGUAGCCUGGUUCUUGUCUCCUUUAUUUCCCACCCACUGCUUGCCCCGCCUUCAAUCUUGGUUCGGUCAACCUGCUGGUUUCAACAUCAUGUCUAGCCUCUUCCAGAGGCACGAAGACUACCAUGCCGCAGAUGAUGUCGAAGGCAACGCGGCCAAUAGUAACCAACCUUCCAGCGACAUCCCUCCUCCGGAGCUCCCUAACCUUGGCGAAUAUGCCGCUCUGGAUCGAUACAUCAGCACUUACCGUGAGGAAAGCCGUCUCGCAAAGAAACCAGACGAUGCUCAGAGCAAGACACGCAGCAGGAAAUGGUGGCAAUUCUGGAAAGGUUCUGAAGAAGAUACGCAGGGGCCGUCAGCGAGAGGCGUCUCAGAGGUCCCGGGCCUGUGGCUCACAACCGACAUCAACUCCGGCCUCCCGACCUCGACCGUCGACGAGAGGAGGAAGCUGUCUGGAUGGAACGAGCUGACCUCGGAGAAGCAGAAUCUAUUCUACAAGUUCAUAACCUACUUCAUGGGGCCGAUUCUUUAUGUGAUGGAAGUGGCCGCUCUGUUGGCCGUUGGUCUUGGCGACUGGAUUGACUUCGGCGUGAUCCUGGGCAUUCUAUUCCUCAACGCCUUCGUCGGGUUCUACCAAGAAAAGGAGGCAGCGGACGUCGUUGCCAGCCUCAAGGGUGACAUAGCCAUGCGCUGCACCGUUGUGAGGGAUGGGGCCGAGCAAAACAUUCUGGCUCGGGAGCUUGUGCCUGGUGACAUUGUAAUCAUACAAGAAGGCGAUACCGUGCCCGGUGAUGCGCGGCUGAUCUGUGAUUACGACCGCCGAGACGACUUUGAACUUUACAAAACGCUCAGUGCCGGGGAGGGCUUCGGAAAUAAAACCGACAGCGAAGAAGAGGAACAUGAAAAUAAAACGGGUGCUGAGCAAGCCCGCCCAAACAGCGACGAGCCACCCGACCCAAUGGACCAUCGAUACCGCGCCAUCGUCGCUAUCGACCAGUCUGCCAUCACUGGCGAAUCCCUGGCCGUCGACAAGUAUAUGGGCGAUGUCCUGUACUACACGACGGGCUGCAAGCGCGGCAAGGCCUACGCCGUCGUCGUCGCGUCCGCAAAAAAGUCCUUUGUUGGACGCACGGCGGAGCUGGUCCAGGGCGCAAAGGACCAGGGCCACUUCAAGGCGGUCAUGGACAGCAUCGGCACGUCGCUCCUGGUGUUGGUCAUGUUCUGGAUCCUGGCUGCCUGGAUUGGUGGUUUCUACCACCAUAUUGGAAUUGCGCGUCCCGGCUCGCAGAAUCUGCUGCACUAUGCGCUUGUGCUGCUAAUCAUCGGCGUUCCGGUCGGGUUGCCCGUCGUCACAACAACCACUCUUGCCGUGGGGGCCGCGUAUCUCGCCAAGCAGAAGGCCAUUGUGCAGAAACUCACUGCGAUUGAAUCACUAGCGGGCGUCGAUAUUCUAUGUUCUGAUAAGACCGGCACAUUGACUGCUAAUAAGCUGAGCAUUCGUGAGCCUUUCGUCUCGGAGGGCCAAGAUGUCAACUGGAUGAUGGCUGUCGCAGCACUCGCUUCUUCGCACAACCUCAAGUCUCUGGAUCCCAUCGAUAAGGUCACGAUCCUGACCCUCAAGCGCUAUUCAAAGGCACGAGAAAUCUUGCAACAAGGUUGGACGACCGACAAGUUCUAUCCUUUCGACCCAGUAUCGAAGAGAAUUACAGCUGAGUGCCGGCUCGGAGACGACAAGUACAUUUGCGCCAAGGGUGCCCCAAAGGCCAUACUCCAGCUGGCAAAUUCGUCCAAGGAAAUCAGCGACAUGUACAAGGAAAAGGCGCAAGAGUUUGCCCAUCGCGGCUUCCGUUCCCUGGGGGUGGCUGUGAAGAAAAACGACGAAGAUUGGACUCUUCUCGGGCUGCUAUCCAUGUUCGACCCGCCUCGCGAAGACACCGCGCAGACGAUUAUCGAAGCCGGUCAGCUUGGUGUGCCAGUCAAGAUGUUGACCGGAGACGCCAUCGCGAUUGCGAAAGAGACGUGCAAGAUGCUCUCUCUUGGGACCAAGGUUUACAACUCCGAGAAACUCAUCCGCGGGGGCUUGAGUGGAAGCGUGCAGCGCGACCUGGUUGAACGGGCAGACGGAUUCGCCGAAGUCUUCCCCGAGCACAAGUAUGCAGUGGUCGAGAUGCUUCAGCAACGCGGCCAUCUUACAGCCAUGACCGGCGACGGUGUCAACGACGCGCCAUCACUUAAGAAGGCAGACUGCGGAAUCGCAGUUGAAGGAGCAUCUGAAGCAGCUCAAGCCGCAGCUGAUAUCGUCUUUCUGGCCCCUGGCUUGAGCACGAUCGUUUUGGCCAUCAAGACGUCGCGUCAGAUAUUUCAGCGCAUGAAGGCCUAUGUGCAGUACCGGAUAGCACUGUGUCUUCAUCUUGAAGUCUAUUUGACCCUCUCGAUGAUCAUCAUCAACGAGACCAUCACGGUCGACUUGGUCGUUUUCCUCGCUUUGUUCGCCGACCUCGCCACAAUUGCGGUGGCUUACGAUAACGCAUACUCGGAGACUCGCCCAGUCGAAUGGCAACUUCCCAAAAUCUGGGUGGUCAGUGUUGUCUUGGGCAUUCUGCUCGCAGCAGGAACUUGGAUCAUCCGUGGGUCCAUGUUUCUGUCUCACGGCGGUGUUGUCGCGAAUUUCGGAUCUGUUCAGGAAGUCCUCUUUCUUGAAAUCGCCCUCACGGAGAAUUGGCUCAUUUUCGUCACGCGUGGCGGUAAAACAUGGCCGUCUCUACAGCUUGUGAGCGCCAUUUUCGCUGUGGACGUUCUUGCGACGCUCUUCUGCUUGUUUGGGUGGCUCUCCGGGAGGUCUGAGGUAGACACGCCCCUUGAUGCCUGGCACCAGAGGGAAGAUGGAUGGACCGAUGUGGUAACCGUGGUUAUUAUUUGGCUCUACUCGUUCGGUGUUACCGUUGUUAUCGCCAUCGUGUAUUUGAUUCUCAACCGGGUCGCCUGGUUGAAUGAUCUCGGCAGAAAGGAUCGUAGCCGGAAGAACACCUUGGUUGAGAAUAUGCUUGGACAACUCCAGAAGCUUGCUCUGGAACAUGAGAAGGAUGAGUCGAUUGGCAGGGACAGGUACGUGCUGGUGGAGAAGGCCGCGGACGACGAAGACAUCAUAUAA